CCCGGCCCCGCGCCGGGGAACCCAGGGCCAGGAUGAAAGUGACAGUGUGCUUCGGCCGGACGGGCAUCGUGGUGCCCUGCAAGGACGGCCAGCUGCGCGUCGCCGAGCUCACCCAGCAGGCGCUGCAGCGGUACCUGAAGACCCGGGACCAGGAUCCUGGGUACUGGGUGAAGAUUCAUCACUUAGAAUACACAGAUGGAGGAAUCCUGGAUCCGGAUGACGUCCUAGCAGAUGUUGUUGAAGACAAAGAUAAGUGAGAAGAUAUCUUGGACAGCAAAGACCAAGGACCUCAGGCUACCAUCAGAGAAAGCCAUAUGGCUAACCUGUGCUCAAGAAGCUCCUCACAGACCCCUGUACAAACACCUAGCAGUGGCCGCCAGUUCAGGAACCUAAAUACCAAUUUGUGUCCAGCAGAUCA